GCUAUAAGCAAGGGAGAUAAUUAGAAACAUAUUUGUGUUUCUAAUAAGCAAGAGGACGUAAUCAGUAAAUAUUUCCCUUAAUUCAAACGUAUUUGAAUCACGAUGGCAGAAUGUACUUAUGUUAACAGUGUGACGUCCAGCAUGUCUCAAAAGCGGCAAGAUUACCUUGAAUGGGAUGAUUACUUCAUGUCAGUGGCUUUCCUUUCUGCUCAGCGUAGCAAAGACCCAAGAACUCAGGUAGGAGCUUGUAUUGUUAAUGAAAAUCGACGUAUUGUUGGCAUCGGAUAUAACGGCAUGCCUCGUGGUUGUAGUGACGAUGAUUUUCCUUGGUGCAAUGAAGGUGUCACUGAGCUAGAUAAAAAAUAUCUCUACGUAUGUCAUGCUGAGCUUAAUGCUAUUCUCAAUAAGAAUUCUACUGACGUUUGCAAUUGCUCUAUAUAUGUUGGUUUGUUCCCUUGCAAUGAAUGUACUAAAGUCAUUAUACAGUCUGGAAUUAAAGAAGUCAUAUACUAUUCGGAUAAAUAUAAGGACAAAAUUACCUCUAAAGCUUCUCGAAUUAUGUUGGAUCGCGCAAAAAUAAAAUAUCGCCAGCAUCGACCUACAAACGGACGAAUUGUUAUAGAUUUUACUUUAUUAGAAGAAAAGAAAGACCCGAUUAUAAGUUCAGUUUUGUCCCCCAUUUCUGAACUUUCACUUGAUAAUCAGAUGCGGACAUGAACACUUGGAAUUCAUUAUAUUGCUAACAGUGCCUUUUCAUAAUGAUAUCCUGUUAUAUUUAAUUUUCUAGCUGAAAUUAACGGAACUGGUCAAGUUUGUCUUUUAUAUACGAAAUAUUAACUGCUGUAUUUUUAACGAAAAGUUUUAUUCUAUUUUGGGCACUGUCAUGCUAUUAGCUGUCAGAAGUGAAAGUGCUCACUGCUAGUGAAGUAUCUGUCUGUCUGUCUGCAUGCCUGUUGCUGGCUUGUCGAUUCUUUGGCUACUGACAGCUAAUACCAUGACUGGCCGGAGCGAGCUAUAUGUCUGUCUGUCUCUCUCUCUCUCUAUCUAUCUAUCACUCGAAAGUUAUUGGAACAAAUUUGACAUCUAUAUCCAUGCGUUUGAAAACACAACACAGAGUAUAAGGGUACUCGCGUCCGCGCUAGCUAGUCGUGAGUGGUCGAUCCUAUUAUUUUUAAACUUCAAACUUCAUUUGUUUUCUAUUUUGAUAAAUUCUCUCUGUUGAAAAUUAUAUUUUUAUAUUUUAAAUAAUUUGCAAUUUCAGGAAAUAUGUUUUUAUAUUACCUAAUAAAACUUUUUUUUUUAUGGUUUGGUUUGACCUGUUAGGGUCUGCACUAGUGACCUUCGUAGGCGACUCCGAAACUGUUUAAGUUGAUGUAACUGAUGUUCUUGAACAACUCCAGCCAUUAUGUUAGUCCCUGAAAUAACUGUGCCUUUUUUUUUUAAUGUUUCAUUCUUGUUUUAUUUUUUUUUCGUUUAAUUCUUAGAUUAUUCACAUUAUAGUCUUUGUUUAACUUUCAGUUUAUUUGAAUUUUAUUCUUUAUUUUAAUAAUUAUUCAUUCAAAUCUUGAUAAGCAUGCUAUUGUUUGACAUUUUCAACCAUAGUUUCAAAUUUCACUAAUUCUCAGAAUUUCCUUAAAAACAUUUUAAUUCAUAAUCUAUGUUGUACACACCCCAAACUGUCUGUCAGAUGACACAAAUAAAGCAGAGGAAACAAGCAAUGGAAUUAUUUCUAUUCAAAUCGUAAAAGAUACAGAAUGUCUCUGUCAGUGGUUCUCAACUGGAAUUUAUAUGGACCCUGGGGGUGGGGUCCAUGUAAGAUUUUGUUGCUAAAAUUCAUCUGCAUUAAACUGGUUCUAUUUGUACAAUACACAAAAUAUAUAUAUAUUUUUUUUAAUACAAUUCUUCAUAAUAUUAUAAAAGUAUAAUAGGAUUUCUUUAAACAAUGAAUGGCUAUAGGGGAAUCACCUCCGUAAAAUGGGAAUCAAAGGGGCCCAUAGGUGAAAGGGGGUUGAGAACCACUGAUCUAUGUAAUUAAAGUCUUAAAGUUUUAACUGUGGGAGCAAAUGAAACAAUAUCAGGUAUCAUAUAAAAGUGAUAUAUAAUAAAUGUCUAAUACUAUGAAAUAUAAAAAUUGAACAAAUAUUGUUUGAAAUAUGGAAUCUUUAUAAUGUACAGUUUCCUUCAUUAGGAAUCAGAAUAGUUUUUAUUGACAGUCAGUUGUUCUGUUGAUUUAUUUUUUUCUGUCUUGAAAUAAACAUGUUAUCAAUUCUUA